UCGGACGUCGAUGACGCACCGCAGACACGCGCAAUGGUAACCGGAAGCAUCGAUGAGAGGAAAAUAAAAAUCGAUCAAAACCCUUGUUAUUCUUGAGGGAAACUCUGUCACCUGCUGUCAUUUCCACAGCGAAGGUUCGCAUCUGGUGGCUCCUAACACUACCACUUUGUCGGAGGGGACGGCAGGGAGCAGAAAAACUGUCUCGUUUGACCGAAGUUGCUUGCUAACUGGUUUAGCUGACGUGUGGAGAAGUUGAGACUACCCAGGGACCAGAUAGACAAACACAAACAAGCUGGAAUCAGCUGAGCGGCUGUCUGAACCGAACCAGCAGCGCGGGGAGAUGUCACGGAGAGCGGCUUUGCUUUUCUGAGCCAAGAAUGACCCACGGGAGACGGUGACUUCCACUGAAACUAGCUCCAUGUAGACUGUCAACAGUGGCACACAAAGAAUUUCAGCAACACAACACGAGGAUCAGCCAUAAGCUGUAGAAGAACAUCCACGGCUUCUGUCACUUUGGCCAAACACUACCAGGCUAGCAUGGUCAACCAAUGACUUCGUCCUCCAGUUUUCACCAAUAAUCAAACGAUUAUAUAUUACAUUGCAACAGUACAGAAGUGGGAUCAACAUGGCCCACCAGGCAACCCCUAGCUCCCAAAAGGCCCUGAUGAUGGAGUUGAAGUCCCUGCAGGAGCAGCCGGUGGAGGGCUUCCGUAUCACGCUUGUGCAGGAGUCUGAUCUCUACAACUGGGAAGUGGCAAUAUUUGGGCCCCCAAACACCCUGUAUGAGGGAGGCUACUUUAAGGCUCACAUCAAGUUCCCAGUUGACUACCCGUACUCCCCACCUACCUUCCGUUUCAUCACCAAGAUGUGGCACCCCAACAUCUAUGAGAACGGUGACGUGUGCAUCUCUAUCUUGCACCCUCCAGUUGAUGAUCCUCAGAGUGGUGAGCUGCCUUCUGAAAGAUGGAAUCCCACCCAGAAUGUCAGGACAAUCCUGCUUAGUGUCAUCUCUCUCCUCAAUGAACCAAACACCUUUUCGCCUGCGAAUGUGGACGCUUCUGUCAUGUUUCGCAGAUGGAGGGACAGCAAGGGCAAAGAUAAAGAGUAUGCUGAGAUCAUCAGGAAACAGGUGAUAUCCACAGCGGCGGACGCAGAGCGAGAUGGCGUCAAAGUGCCGACCACAUUGGCGGAGUACUGCGUCCAGACCCGGGUUCCAUCCCAGGACAGCAGCUCAGACCUUCUCUAUGAUGACCUUUAUGACGACGACAUGGAGGAGGAUGAGGACGAUGACGAUGAGAGCGAGAUGGAGUCCAUUGGCGAAGCUGGAGGGGCCAGCACUGCGGAGGACGGUGAGACAUCCACCAGAUGUUAUGACAACCAAGACGACUCCGGCAACGAAGACUCAUGAUGAUCUGGAUAAUAACUGCUCCUUGCCAACUCCCCCAUGCCCCUGCCUACUUUUCUGUGUUUGUGUGUGUGUGUGUGUGUGUGUGUGUGUGUGUAUGUAUACAGUGGGGUCAAUAGUCUACUGCCAAAAAACUUUUCAUCAUUUAUUAAACAAGUAAGUCAAAUAAUGUCCAAUACUUUUUAUGUAAGGUUUCACUAAAAGGUUCAUUGCUGAGUCAGAAUUUUAUAUUCCCACCGUUUGCCUUAAUUCCAGCUUGCACUCUGUCUGGUACAAAUGUAUUGCAGAAAAGAUUCCAGCAUUACUCGAAAGCAGCCCCUGGAGUGGUUUUAAUUUGGGUUAUGUUUGGCAAUUGAGGUGGAUGGAAUCCAGCCUUCCAAACAUUAAACUUUUUAAAAAUACAUAAAAAAAAAUACUUGCACUGUCGCAGAAGAGCAUACUUGCUCUUUGAUGGCCCUCCCAACUCAUACGCUGACUGAUGAAGUACAUAGCACAUUCUAUUGAGAUUCAGUACAGGAUAAAAAAUGAUGUUUCGAAUGGCACUGUAAAAACAGCGUUGACUGAUCAUGGCAGUUUUUUUUAAUGUAUUGACUCUCAUUAGAUUUUGCAAGUGUAUUUACCAAAGUUAGAACUGACUUAUCUCUUCAAAGUAAUGCCUUGUCUGCUGAUUUUGCAAAGCUUAGCAUUUGAUAAAUGAUGAAAAUACCGAUCCUCGUGGUGUUCUCUUCAACCCCACUGUUUGUCUGCUUGUGUUAAAACACUAUCCACCAUCUCUCCUUGUCACUUUUUUUAUGUCCUAAGUGUGUGUGUGUGUGUUGAGCAUAUGAAUGAGCAUAUGAAGUCUGGCAAAUGGAGAAACUGAUGGCAAACACCUAGGCCACGAGGAGGCCGCGCAGCGUGUCUGAAGGCAGUACAUCUGCUCACGCCUGUGUUUGAUGCAAUCAACAAAACUUUGUAAACACAAGCUCUGCUGUGAACUGUCUACCACAGCAUCCAUCACCACUGAACCCUCAAAGGGGCGAGCAAGUUGAAGACUUUGCCUCCUACACCUCUCUCUGCCUCUUAAACCUCAGGGCCUCUAAAGACGUUGACUGAGAGAGGAAAACACAAGGAACCCACACAAACUGAUCGUCACCUCUGUGUUCUUGCUUCUUUUCUGUGUCACUGGUGUUUUUAGAGGGGCAAAAGGUGGCUUGAAAGUAUUCAAUCCCACCGUCGGAAUGUUUACAAUUAUUGAUGUUGGCUCUGUUGCUUUUUGCUCCCAAAUCACCAGAAUCCUGACAUAAUAAGAGGCUGCUCACAUGAUGUUCUGAUUGAUGUGAUAAAGUUACAUUUCGAUUUGAGUACAAAUCUGACACCAGUACUGUGCUGCUACACCACAUCCAGUCAAUCAGGACAAAAGUCAGCUUGCAUUUGAAUGGAAAUGACACUGUUGCCCGAGUGGUGUGUGUGAUUACAUGAACAGGACAAGGUCAGAGUUUUGGUGUUCAUGCCUUGACAGAGCUGGUGCAGACAUCCGUGGCCCCAUUGAGUUUGCUCACAUGACCUUUUCUGAGUUUGUUCAGUUGAGUGUGUUUGCAGUGUGGGACAUUUUAAGUUGUGUUUAGAGGCCAGAGGAUGUGAUUAAGUCACCCCUGGAGCGUUACACUUUUGAACACAAAAAACAGUGUGUUGUUGCAGACGUCAAGCGAUCCACCCCAUGUAGGUUGACUUGUUCAACACACCUGGGCCUCCGACGGAUUAUAUGCCAAGGAAUUAAAAGUACAGCAGAAUCAUUUCAUUUGAAAGUGGAGGAACAUGCUAUUUGAAUGAUCUAUGACAAGUGUUUUCAUUUUAAUGUGAAACCAAAGGAGCUUCCUCCUUUGCUUUGGAAACUCACUGAGACAGAAAGAAGAAAUCACCUUGGAUUACGGACACUUCAUUUAGAUGCACAACAGGAUUUACCUGCCUGACGUGUUCUGGACGUCCCUUUUUUGUUUUGUUUUGUUUUGUAGAAAGGCCACAAUAAGAAAGUCAAACUGUGCCACCAUCACUUGCUCAGCAGCUUGCCUGCUUCUGUCUUAAAACGACUAAAACAACAAUGAGGAUAACAUGGAUGUGGAGGAGUAGCCAGUGCUUGACAGUGACAGUUACCUGACUCUUGGUAGUAGUUAAAUCCUCCAAAUUUUACAGAAAUGUAUAAGCAUGAGUCAACAGUGCUGGUUAGUAACCCUCAGUGUUGUCCAUAUUUGACGGCUUUUCGUACUCAUGACAGGCACAUUGACACUUGCUUGUCAGUUUUCUUCAAGGGAUGAAGAAAUCAAUCUCAAAACUAUUUUGCAGAAAAAUAAUGAAUCAUUGACUUUGUUUAUGCUGUCGGGAUGUGUCAUUUAAUUUUCCCCAAGCCAACACAUGAUUCUCUUGAGGAUGUCACAUGGUCACACCUAACAAGACUGCAUAUGUGAGUGUGUCCACUCCUAUCGAUGUUAAUUGCUGUAUGUGUUGGCAUUUUCAUAAUUUUGUCCACAGGUGUGUUUAUUUUGCUGUCUUUUUGAGGAUGCAAGUUCCACGGAUACAUCAUGUAAUUGUUGAAAAUGUUAAGUUUGUUGCAAGGUAGCUUUGAGUGAAGCCUGCAGGUCAAGGAAACACAUUGUUUUUUUCAGGGCGUUGAAAUAUGGAGUGACAUACUCAAUGAGGCACAGUUGAUGUGGUAACAUUUGGAGUUCAUCAAUAAAGCAGUAUGCUAUCGAACCACGUUGAAAUAUAAUCACC